GAAAUUGUUUUGUUUCUCUUUUUCCUCUCUCUCCUAGCGUGAACUGUUGAAGGAAAGAGGCUAUGAAGUCUAAAAUGUACUGGGUGCGCAGGAUAGAAGAAGGUGCCACUAGCAUUUUUGUCAAAAAAGUUAAAAUGAACAAGGUGCACCAAAUAGCGGCUGUGUAUAUAAGGCCCAAUUAAUCGGCCAAAUUGAAAAUGGUGUUGUUGUUUGCUUAAGAAAAAACAUUCCUCUUUCUCUUUCUCAAAGCUCUGCGAAAAAGCCAUUGAAGCUUCUCUUUUCUCUCUCUAAAACCAGUGGAAAAAAGUUUUUCUUUUCCUUUCUUUAACUGAAUUCUAAGUUAUGUAAAUGAAUGUAACUGAAAGCUUCAAACUUUGGUUCAAUUAUCAUUACUAUUAGCAAAAAGAUUUAAUCUUUACUCUCUCCUUUUUGAAGCUGUAAUCCCUUGAUCGCUGUUUCUACAGUUUUGGCUUCAAUAUUUCUGUGUAAAAGUAGCGAAAUCGGUUUCAUUUUCGUGUGUAUUUUUUUUUUCUUUCCUGGCAAGAUUGAGCUUAUAAUUUGAGUGAUCCAUGUCGUCUGAUAUAAGUUAGAGGCUUUUGCUAUACAUUUUUCGUUCUAAAUUGGUUUUGGAAGGGAAUAUUUUCAACCAAGUGCAUGGCAAACUGCAGUAACUGUUGGUACUCUGAAAUCUUUGCUAUAGAUCUUGAAAGUUUGAAUUUUUAUUUCAGAUUGUGAGAUUUGUGAGAGGUAGUAGAGUUUAGCGGAGAAAGGGGUUUUAGCCUGGUUGUUGGGGGGUGGUGUGAGGAAUGGGUAGGGAUCGUCUGCUUUUGGCUACAGUAGGACCACCGAUAAAGGCACGAGCGGGUUUACGGAGAAAACAGGCAGGAAGAGGCUCUUACAGGGGAAGCUAGCUUGGGUGGAAUUAGGUUUUUGUUUUGGUGGAGGUUUUAUUUAACUGAUAAAGUUGGUUUGGUUGGUGGUGGAGGUGCAUCGUUUUUAGGGUGGCGGGCUGGUUUUAGGAAUUUUGAGGGAGGAUGGGAACUGACUUGCAUAAUACACUAAGGAGCCUCUGCUUCAACACCGAGUGGAAGUACGCUGUGUUUUGGAAGCUCAAGCAUCGAGCUCGCAUGGUGUUAACUUGGGAAGAUGCUUACUAUGACAAUUGUGAGCAACAUGAUCCUUUAGAGAGUAAGUGCUUCAGGGAGACAUUAGAACACUUGUGUGGUGGGCGUUAUUCACAUGACCCGCUUGGAUUAGCUGUGGCAAAGAUGUCAUAUCAUGUCUAUUGUCUUGGAGAAGGGAUUGUUGGACAGGUGGCAGUUACUGGAAAACAUCGAUGGAUCAUUGCAGAUAAACUUGUAACCAGUUCCAUCUCAUUUGAGUUCUCAGACGGCUGGCAAAGUCAGUUUUCAGCUGGGAUCAAGACCAUUGUUGUCGUAGCUGUUGUUCCGUAUGGAGUUGUACAGCUCGGCUCUUUGAAUAAAGUUGCUGAGGAUCUGAAGCUGGUAACCCAUAUAAAAGAUGUCUUUCUAUCCCUUCAAGAUUCCUCAGUUGGGCACAUUACUGGUGCACUACAAUAUAGUAUGAAGAGUUCUUUAUAUCUGCCAGAUUUACGUACAAAAGGAUUGGAUUCAGAAUCAGAGCUUAUUCCUGAUAGUCUAUGCAAUCUAGAUAAAGCUAUUUACAAGGAAGGGCCAAACAACCAGUUGCCUAUGUUUCCUUAUUUACAGAAAGAAAGUGAUAAUUCUUAUUUUUGUUCCCUUCCUGGUAUAGAUCAGAAUACAGCAGAUGAAGUGGCAAAUAAACAUGGAGGGCAUGUAUUAUCUACACUGGAGAAUGAUAAGAGUGUCAAAUUACUUCAUCUUGGAUCUGGUAUUUCCUAUUUGGAGCAGCAAAAUCAAGUAGGAAUAGAUUUUGUAGAUGAGCAAAAAUGUGGAGGGGAGAAUAGUGUUUGGAAAAAUCCAGAUGUGGGAUCAAAACUUAAUGUAACUUCACAUUUAAAUAAUUCUGUUAAGGAUAAUAUAAAGUUAUAUAAUGUUGUACUUCCUAAUGAAAACUUUGGAGCUGAUCUUGUGAACUACCCUGUGGACCUCCUUGAUUCUACUGUUUGUGAUAGACCUAAGUCAGAUGGCAUGGAUGUUUACCUAAAUGGGGUGGUGAACAUGCCUGAAUCUUCAGACAUGAACGUCAAAAAAGAGUUGGAGAAGAAGCUGGAGUAUCAAGCUGAGUCAAGUCACUUAGACGACUCGAAUGCAUUUUUAAAGUUCUCUGCUGGCUGUGAGCUACAUGAAGCUCUAGGACUAGCUUUUUCAAAAGGGUGUUUGUACAUUGAUUGUGAAGCAGAUAAGACUGAAUCUGGGAACAUUGUUGAGGUGCCAGAGGGGAUAAGUAUUAGCCAGAUGACAUUUGACACAAGUCCAGAAAAUCUUUUAGAAGCAGUAGUAGGUAAAGUUUGCCAUAGCAGCAGUGAUGUGAAAAGUGAGAGAUCAGUCUGUAAAUCAGUUCAAUCUCUGCUAACAACUGGGAAAAUUCCAGAGCCUCCUAGCCAGACAAAACAUAUUAUUUGUUCAGCUGGUUAUUCAAUUAAGCAGUCUGUUGUUGAAGAGGAUACGCAGAAUUGCUCAAGCUCAACAGGGGUGUAUGCUGCAAUGUCUUCUAGAGGAUUUUCAUCAACUUGUCCAAGUACUUGUAGUGAAGAGUUGGAUAGGCGCCCAGAACCAGCUAAGAACAACAAAAAGAGGGCAAGACCUGGUGAAAGCUGCAGGCCUAGACCAAGGGACAGACAACUGAUUCAAGAUCGUAUUAAAGAGCUGAGGGAGCUCGUACCCAAUGGGGCAAAGUGCAGUAUUGAUUCCCUGCUGGAGCGCGCGAUCAAACACAUGCUGUUUUUAGAAAGUAUCACGAAACAUGCUGACAAGCUCAAUAAAUGUGCUGAAUCGAAGAUGUAUCAGAAGGGAACAGAUGCCUCUAACUAUGAAAAGGGUUCAAGCUGGGCAGUGGAGGUGGGAGGCCACCUAAAAGUUUCUUCAAUAAUGGUAGAGAACCUAAACAAGAAUGGGCAGAUGCUUGUGGAGAUGCUAUGUGAGGAAUGCAGUCAUUUUCUUGAGAUAGCAGAAGCUAUCAGAAGCUUGGGUCUGACAAUUUUGAAAGGGAUUACAGAAGUGCAUGGUGAGAAGAUAUGGAUAUGUUUCAUGGUUGAGGGACAAAACAACAGAGUUAUGCAUAGAAUGGAUAUCUUAUGGUCACUGGUGCAGAUAUUGCAACCAAAAACUUCAAACUAGCAACAAAGGCCAGUCAGCUCUUGGAGAUUGUGGUGUUGCUCCACUGUAAAAUAGCUAGUAAUUUGUGAUCUUUGAAUGGCAUUUUUUUUAGUUGUGAUUCUUGUUUGUAUUCCCCUUUUCCUAAAAUAAAAGGAAAGGAGAAGAAAUGAAGGCCAGCAUUUAUGUGAAGGGCUUCUUUAUCUUGUACUUGGCAAUGCGUGUGAUAAGCAUCCAUUUUCCUCCCGGAUUUAAACCCAUCAUUUGUUUGAAAGUUAAAUUAUGAAAUAAUGUAGGAAGCCAUUGUUCAGUAUUACAUUAUCAGUAUCUUUCUUGGUUAA